UUCAUUCGCAGUCUGGCAGUCUCGCGGACAAAAAUGGCCGUAGUGUUGUCUUCUUGUCGUGCUUCUGUGGUUUGAUAAUUUUUUCGUAAAUCUCUAGUACGUUUUUAUCAAAGAACUUUAAGUUUUUUUUCUGAAAAGUGCUGACUAACUGAUUUAUUAAGUGUGACAAUGUCUAAUGGUACAAGUCCGAGUGUGUUAAGUUUUUUGAGACAAUAUAGGUUCCAGAGGAAACCAAACGGUCCUGGUGAACCCAGCAGCCCAGUAACGGUUACCUCAUCUCCUUCAGGCUCUCAAAUGAUGCACAACAAUAAAAUUAGGAUGGCUGCGCCAAACACAGUCGUAGUUAGGAAUGUACCAGUGGUUUACAAGCGGAUACGGUUGCAAGACUCGGAUUCCGAUGAUGCAGCGAGUCCCGCUAAGAAACCCACUGUUGCUGUGGAACUCACAACUGCAGUCAAAGAAAGGAGAUUUAGAAAUAUGCUUGAAAUGUUCCCGGAUAUAUCACCAAUUUUUGUUAAAAACACACUAAUAAAACAUGGCUGGAGUGAGGAACGUGCUAGGGAUGAGUUACUGAUGCAUGACCCUGAGAGCAAUGACAGAGGAUCGACUUCCACAUUUUUCGGUUCCAAGCCGAGUGUAUCAGGACAAAGUGCCCCUAGAACUUAUACUAAUAUGGGGAUUGUCAGAGUGACUAGUGGACCUAAGAUGAAUGUGGUCGUGAGGAAACCCUUGGCAUCCAAAGGUGGAAGGGAAAGGGGAGGUAGUAGCGGCAGCGAAGAUGAUGACUAUGGCGUCAAAAAAGGAAAAGAUGAUAGAGUUUAUGACAGUGAGGAUUCUGACAAUGAGGUCACAGAUGAUCUUAUAGGAGAUAAGAAGAAAGUGUUUGAGUUCCUCAACAACAGUAAUAUGAAUGAGUUGUCCCUACUCAGUGGAUGCUCACAGAAGAAGGCAGAAGCCAUCAUGUCUUUGAGACCUUUCAAGGGCUGGUUGGAUAUGGUAGAAAAGUUCAACAGCAAUAAGACGUUAAGUACAGAUCUUCUGAAUUCCACGCAAGAACUGUUGACGACGAGGAAUAAUAUCCAGCGGCUGAUGAAGAAGUGCAUCGGCCUCGCGCAGCAGUUAGAGUCCGCGGUGGCGGCGGGCGCGGGCCGGCUCAAACAACCCGCCAUUUUGCAUGAAAGCUUGAAACUCGCACCAUACCAGUUAGUAGGCCUGAACUGGCUUGCAGUGCUCCAUAAGCAAGGAGUCUCAGGUAUCCUUGCUGAUGAGAUGGGGCUGGGGAAGACUGUCCAGGUGAUAGCGUUCCUGGCACAUCUAAAGGAAACCGGCCAAGCUAGAGGAACACAUUUGAUUGUUGUACCCGCUUCUACACUUGACAACUGGAGCAGUGAGCUGGCGCGCUGGUGCCCGGCGCUGCGAGUCAGCAAGUACUACGGACACCCGGAGGACAGGCGCCAGCUGCGCAUACAGUACGCCAGGGGACUCGACGACGUCGAUAUUGUACUUACCACGUACACAAUGGUGAACAGUUGCCCGGAGGAGCGCAAAAUGUUCCGAAUCACACCGAUGCACUACGUCAUCUACGACGAGGCACACAUGCUUAAGAACAUGUCCACGCAGCGAUACGACAAUCUGCUUAAAAUCAAGUCGAAGCACCGCCUCCUGCUAACAGGCACUCCGCUGCAGAACAACUUGUUGGAGUUAAUGUCUUUGCUGUGCUUCGUCAUGCCACACAUGUUCUCCGGGAAGACUGAUGAUCUAAAGAGCUUGUUCCAGAAGACUGCUAAAUCAAAAACAACGAAAAAGGCAGAAGGGAAGCAAGAAGAUGAUGACCUGCCCUUCGAACAGAGUCAGAUAACUCAGGCUAAGCGUAUCAUGAAGCCUUUUGUACUCCGUCGGCUGAAGAGAGAUGUUCUACAGGAUCUGCCCAAGAAGACCAACCACAGGGAACUCUGUCCCAUGUCUGAGAGGCAGGGAAUACUGUACAAGAACCUUAUUGCUAGUUUCUCUGCUAAGGAUGGAUCGAUCCACGCUACCACGGAGCAGAGCGGUAUGUCGAUGAUGAUGGACAUGCGCAAGUUGGCGAACCACCCGCUGCUGCUGCGGUACCACUACGCGGACGGCGCGCUGCGGGCCGUGGCCGCCCGCCUCGCGCGGGACCCGACCUACAAGGAGAACAACGAACAAUACGCCUGGGAGGACCUGCUCUGCAUGUCCGACUUCCAGAUACAUCAACUCACUCUGCAGUAUAGUUGUAUAUCAUCAUACUCCCUGCCGGAGCACUUAAUCCUGGACUCUGGCAAGUUCCAGAAAUUAGACGAGAUGUUACCUCGACUGAAGGCGGGCGGGCACCGCGUGCUAGUGUUCAGUCAGUUCACCAUGAUGCUCGACAUACUCGAGCCGUACCUCACUAUACGCAGGCACCGGUAUCUGCGGCUAGAUGGCAGCACUGCGGUACCGGACAGACAAGAUUUAAUAGACCAGUAUAACAACGAGGAUAUCUUCGUGUUCCUGCUGUCCACGAAGGCAGGCGGACUGGGCAUCAACCUCACUGCUGCAGACACUGUCAUCAUACACGAUAUAGACUUCAACCCUUACAAUGAUAAACAGGCUGAAGAUAGGUGUCACAGGAUGGGUCAGACGCGUCCAGUAACAAUAUACCGCCUUCUGAGCUGCGGCACCAUCGAGGAAGGAAUCUACCAGGUCGCGCAGGAGAAACUUAACCUGGAGAAACAUGUCACUGGUGAUGAUGAAAAUGACAAGACGGAGCAGAAGAACGUGGUGCGGUUAUUAUCAGCCGCACUUGGACUGACAUCCCCUUCCAAAUGAUCACUGAACAGUGACGUCAUCGUCCUCGAGUGACCGACCAAUCACAAACUAGUGACUCAAUAUAAAAAGUGAAUAAAGUGCGCGCUGUGAAUAUUAUAGUGUAUAUUGUAUUUAAAAUAUGAUCAGUUUGUUCAUAUUUAAGUGAUGAUGCUUUUGGACGCAAAUUCGUUAAAUUCUCAGUGUGUAAAGAUAAUGUUUGUGUGAUUUGCCAUCCUCUGCCUUAUACAAAUGUUAAUAGAGUUCUAAAUAAACGUGUUUAUCCAAAUGAAUAUCAAGCUCGCGAUUUUUAAUGAUAGAUGUAAUAUAUCAGUUAAAUAAUAUGUUGGUUUGGUUUUUCUACUAGACCUUAUCUCAAAGUGCUUGAGAUGAAAUUUGGUUGAAGAUUACUAGGACUACUAACAAUGUGUAAGUCACGUUGAAUCCUAUAUAAUUGUUGAAUUAUUUUCUUUAGUAUGAAUUUUGAUAAAUAUGUGGACAGAAAAAAUUUAUAGUUUAAUAUUCAUACUGGAAAGAUAGACUUUAUUAAGAGCAUUAGCAGUAAAGACCUUUCUGGAAUUACGAUUCAUUUAAGAACAUGUUGGUUUCUAUUUUCUCUAAAGUAAGUAUAUCAUCAAUAUGAAUUAUUCAACAAUAUUGUUAUUCAAGUAGAGAUGACGCGACGAUUUUAUUUUAUUUAUAUUUACACCCUCAUUAGCAUAUUUUAGGGUAUAUUUACACAUAUUUAUUUUUGUUUCAAUUGUUUAAAAGUCUUUAUUUACUAACUGUGAACUUAUAAAAAUUAUACAGUUGUAGUGGAUUUAAAAAUAUAUAUAAACAUUUUGGCAAUGAACAAGACACUCAAAAAUCACUCUGUAUGCAAACCACACUGAAGUUAGUAGUGUGUGAGCGAGAUGCAAGUAUGCACGAACUGUACUGUCAAGUGAGACAACGAUACGAUUGCAGCACACUUCAGACUGGUAUUUUUUUGUACUAUGAAAAUGUGAAAAUAAAAAUGUGUGUAUGUGACCUUGUUGAACGUAUUAUUUAUUUGUAAAGCGCCUUCCGUGUGUUUCAGUAUUUAAACAAGCUGAUCUGAUUAUUUAUAUUGAGAUACUGACAAAAUGGCUGACUACUAACUUCGUGUAAAUGAGUAAUGAAAAAGGCAUCGUGUCAUUUAAUAAAGAAUUUGUCCCCUUGAAAUGAGGAUCGUGAACAAUUCUGAACUCUUUUCCUUACGCAGGAAGGACGAAUUUGCAACAAAUUAUCUCCAUGGAGGUAAUUAUGAACUAGAUUUGAAGUUUUCUCAAAGAUAUUACGCUUUAGAAAAAGGGCGUAUAUUACACGACUGUACAUACGAAUUUAAAUCUUUUGUACUAGCGUUUAGAGGCGAUUAUGAUAGUAAUUUGAAAUAAGAUUAUAGUGGUUAAAUUGUCAGGAUAUCAAUAUAAAUGGUUAUAGAAAUAAUUAUUUAUCGAAGCGCCCACAGACUAGUGUUAAUUUAUUUUACUGAAUAAAAUGUGACUUAUUGCUGUUUACUACUGAGGUAUAAAUACUUAGAAUAAAUAGAUUAAGUACGUAAUUAAAAAAUUAAUUAAAAUUCUGGGUCCAAUGUCUGUGUAUCAUUUAUUUGGUUAUUUUUCUGUUUAGUCUGUUUUUACGGAUAUCCUUGUUAGGGCCAUGUGCUAGAUUUUUGCAUAAUAACUACCAUUGAGAUUAAAUUUAAUGCAAAUAUAUCGCCACGUAAACUUUUCGAGGAUUCUCAACUGAUUUCAAACCAACUUGGAAUUCAUAAUCAUGUGCUGUGCGCAGUUUAAAGUAAUGGUUACUCUCAUUUUUAGGAUCUACUUAUAUAUAUUUAAUUUAUUAUAGUUUAAUUUUAUGUUAUUAUACAUUGAACUGUAUUUUAAUUAAAAAUGAAUUAUUUUAUUAAAUACCAGUGCUAACGCUGAUUUGCUUGCGUUCUUGAGAUUAGAAGUAGCCCAAGUCUUAGUCUAUCAAUUUACCAAACAGCAACUAAAUCAGUUCAGCUGUUUUGUAGACUAGUACACAAAUGAUACACAUACAUUAGAAACAAACAAAAAAUUGUAAAAAAAAACGUAUACGCGGUUUAUAAAUUGUACCUAUUAGUGUAAUAAAAUGAUUGAGACCAGUUUCAGAACCUCUUGAUAGUCACUAUCCGCCAGAUAAAUGUAAUUGGGUACUUUCCAGGGUAUCAAAAUAAAAAAUCUAAUUAGUCUGUCAUUUAGAUAAUGAAAAAAUAUUA